UUGGGACAAGACAGUAAAGAGUUUCAUGAGCACGGACUCGGCAGAUAAAUUGUAGUUUUAAAGGCGCCGGGUGCAGUUCAUAAAUAGAGGACCAUAAUUAUGGCUUCCCAUUAUCGCAGCAGUCUAGAGUGACCGGGUAUUGUGGAAAUAACCGUUAUUCUCCGAGGAAGCUUUGUGGCCGAGCCACGUAACGGAUUCACACCAGCGAAAGUUAUUGGUGUAUUUGGACACGGAGUGAACACAACGGGACGGGAGACGUCUUACAAAUCGUCACAAAGCGGAACUUUUAGUGUCGUCUGCUCUUUGUCGAACUGGGUUAAACAGACUGAUAAAAAUGCGAUCACCGCAUAGACACGGAACGAUUUAACGGGUUUAUAGGCCUAUCUCCCAAAUGAAAAGAGUCGAGGUAUGGAAAAAAAAGAAAGAAAGACGUCAUGUAGCAGAAGACGUUACGAAGUGACACAACUGGCCUCUGUGGGAGAGUCUUUGUCAAAGGCAAAUCGUUUCUGAUGGAACGGGGUGGCCUCGGCUUUGUGUGUCAAAUGAGCGUGAUCAAAAUGGGUUCUAAAGACGAAACCAGAAGUACUGUAAAAAAAUUACCUAGUUAACUCUUAUCAUUUUAAACAUUUAAAACUCAAAACCAAAAGGAAAAAAAAAGAAAAGAAGAGAAGAUAAAAAUGUAUUAUGAACUUACAUAAUAUUAAUUCCGUUAUGGCACAGAAAAAAAGUGUUAGAGUCUUUACGGAGAAUACUCGGAUAAACUGAACGAUAGACAUUUUUUAAAAGUUAAUCAGAGAGGAAUUGCAGUCGGGAAAUAUUUUAAUCAUGUCUGCUUCGACGAAUUCGUCUUCGACACUAUCCGAAGAUGAUCGAAGAAAGUCUAUUCAGUUUGACAGAACGUGGGCUGCAGAAAAAUUGCAGCUCCGACUCCUCAUGCUGGAUGAGAAGUACCGCAGUGAGGUUAUGUACCAGCAGGUGGACGCAUUCGAGGACAAGGUUCUUCUCAGCAGCAGCAACUACAAGGUGGAAACCAUGAAAAACAUGAUCGAAACUCUCUCAAAACGUUUCCAACCGUGGCUAAAGAUCGACUCUGUCGCCAGUCUUCGCAGAGCUCUGGAAAAGGACGAAAAGAAACGUGACCCCAGCGACACGUGCAUCAAAUAUUUCCACUGGUUCUUUCAGUACUUGGAUUACUUACGUGAGCUGAAUAGUAAUUUCGUUGAGCGGAUUUUCCACCCGUUGUUUAAGUACUUCUACGAAGGCGGGUUUUUCGGAGAUCACAGGAGGGGUUCGACUUCGUCGCUCUCUAAAUUCUCCAGCCAUUUUUCGUUAGACACUCCAAGCAGCAGUCAGACGUGGGACAGUAACAAUUCCGAGGAACUGGACGACGACGCUGUAUGCCUUGCCCGUCAAAAGAUGCAGUCAAAGACAGCUUUGAUGCUCCUCAGCAAAGAGUUUGCCGAUAUUAAGACCCUCUAUGACACCAGCGAGGUGGACAAACUGGCGACCCGCCUGUCCUUUGUUAAAGAGCAGCUGGACUACCUCUUGGAUCUGGAAGAUUCCAUUGACCCAGAUUUCUUGUCUCAGGAUAGUGAACGGUUUGUGCAGGAUCUAGACAACGACGAGCCUCUUGGACACUUGCUUCGGCUGGUUCCGGACAUUUUGUGCAAAUUCCAGAAAGCGGCGUGGCUGGCUCGGCGCUGGCUGCAGCUGGAUGACACGAGGACCAAGGACCUGAACCUGAAGCUGCAGAAGAUCCUUUCUCUGGAGGAACAUAUUACUCGCCGUCUUUCGUUACUGGAGACUAGGAUACGAACCCACGAGACGGAGCUGGAUACGGGUCUGGGAGAACUCCAGCAUCUUCUUAAGAGAGAGGAGCGUUCUAGUGACCUGAACAUGAAUCUGUUAGACCUUGACGGUAGGCUGAGCCACCUCCACAAGCAGCUCGAGCUUCUGCGGAAAGACAGAGAUCGCUUGACGGACCAGGUGGUGGUCGCGAUCAAGGAAAAGAACAAGAAGAAAUAUGAUUCGCUGAAGGUCUUGUUUCAGGCAAAUCGUCUGCAGCGGUACAUGGUCGAGCGUCAACUCGCUACCUUCGAAUACCAGAGAGAUGUUGCAGAAGGUGACUACAAAGUCGAGGUGGGACUGAAACCCACGCUUAUUCACCAUACCAACAGCUUGCAGGAUGAGUGUGAACAGUUAGAAAGUAUCCUGAGCAAAGAACGAAACGAGAAACACACGCUAAAAAUGGCGCUUAUUCCAAUCGUCGAAGAUCGGAAGCAGCUUUCCGAAAGACUGAAAGAAAAGAGGCAGUCGGAACCGGUCAACAAUUUGAAAGUGGCUCAGUACUUGGGCAGUUCGAGACCAAAGGGACAAGCUCAGUUUAUUCGGACUUACAGCGAGAAACCAACGGUAGCAACACAUCUUCGGAGCUACUCGGAAACGAACGAUAAUGAUAGGCAGUCGUAAAUGAUAUAUUUGAAUACUAUUAUUUAUAAUGUGCUGAAUAGAACGAGGACGCAACUGCUCAAACGAUUCAAAUAUAACGGUACAUUUUCGGCUGGUGUGAUACAGAUGAUUUUAGUUUCAAAUUAAUGGAGAUGUUUUACUCCAUUGACAAAAUUAUCUGUUGCUAAAACAAAAAACAAACACCAUUAUUUCAUGCUAAAUCGUAUGCAGUUUGUUUCAUUAUCUUGUGCUAUUUGGAUAUACCAAUACUGGAUACGAAUCAAGACCAGAAAUGUUCACGUGUUUUGUGCAACAACUCACUGUACGCACAGUGGGUUAUCGCGUGGAACUGAAGUGCGAGGGGGUGGGGGGGGGGGGGGGGCGGGUGAAGGGGUAAAUUUCUGUGCCUGUUGAAAUUCACAUGACAGUGCCAUAGCCUGGUUAUCAGAAUGUAGGAGACAUAUUAAAACUGCGGAAGGCACAUUUUAUAAAAGUGUAAAUAUAUUGAACAUUAAAUCAGGUAAUUUGUUAUGGACUGUGAAAAAAAUUAAUUUAUAAUUUAAAAAAUUUCAAAUAAUGUUUUUUGUUAAAUUUUACCUAGAUGCAUUUAGAAUAAAGGUUAUAUU